CGGUUCCCACGGUAACUGAUUCCGCACUAUCCUCUUGGCCACCUCCGAGAACAAUGCCAGCCAUCAACAAUUUGGAAGGGGGCACCUAAGUGGGCACUUGCAAUCUACUACGCAUGCGCGUUCGCUCCUCACUGACGGAAGUAUGUACUUGAACUUUCCACCUUUCUCCUUCACGGCCACCUUAGUAACGGUUCACCAUGGAGACGAUGGGAGACGCCCCCCCCCCCGAUUGGCUGCGCCCAGCCUCGCUGCGGCGUAGAUUGGUUGGAAAGUCACUACAGGGCCAGGACUUGGCAAUCGCUGCUCGAAAACUGGUUGUCCCAUAACCUAGAUGCGACAUGAUCAGCCCAAAACCAAGCCAGUCCCUGGGAGUCAAGGUACAGUCCAAACUGGAACAGCUCUCGGAACCACAAGGGGAACUGGAGAAGGAUCUUAGUCCAUUGGUUAGAUCGGCCAUGCAGAUAGGAACAGGUGUGCGGACCGAGUUGGCAACAGCGGCCUCUGUCCCCGUGGAAGUGGAUGAAGAUCCUGAAGUCAACUUGUUUCCGCCGCCACUGCCCCAGCCCCGGAUCUGCUUGUGGAAAUACCUGGACCUCCAUUCCAUGCACCAGCUGGAAAAGACAGCCAGUGUUGAGGAGAUGAGAGAGGUGUUGGCCAAGUUGCUGGAGAUUGACUGGCCUGAGCAGAGCUUGCGGGAUGCCGUCACCCUGGACCUCUUCUCCCAUGCCCUCAUCUUCUGCCACCAGCAGAGCUUCUCACUAGAGCAGACAUCGGCAGCAUGUGCUCUGCUCCAGGAUCUUCACCAGGCCUGUGUUGCAACCCCCUUGGGCAACGUGGAGGAAUGCUACCGCUACUUUACCACUGCUCUCUUCAGCCAUGGAGUCAGGCGGCCCCCCUUCAGCAUCGACCUCUUUAAGAAAGAACAGCUGCUGGCCCUGGCAGACUAUGUGGUCAACACCUACUUCCGUCACUUCAAGCUCUACAAAUAUGUGUUCACACCACAGGUGCGGCUGGAUCUGUCUUUGACUUACAUGGGGCUACAGCCACCCAAGCCUUGGCCCGCGGGUAAGACAGAGAAAGAAGGGCAGGAAGCGGACCAGCAGGCAGCUACCCAACAGGAGGAAGAGCCGGAAACAGUGGCCCAGCCAGUGCGAGAGCCAGGCCAGGUCUGUCACCUCCGAACCUACAUCAAGACUCAGGUGCACAAGGAGCUAGGGCAGCUCCAGCAGCUGGCAGAAGAGCAGCUCAAGGCCAGUGAGGAAAGGCUCAGCAGCAAGUUGACUGCCCUGGAGCGGCCCUCCCAGGUACCACCCAGCAAAGGCAAGAACAAGAUGAAGUGAUCCCCAGAAAUUUCCCCAAUAAAGGCCAGAGCUAGAGCGUGGCCCACCA